AUGCCUCUUGCCAAGGAUCUCCUUCACCCCACUCCAGAAGAGGAGAAGAGGAAACACAAGAAGAAGCACCUGGUGCAGAGCCCCAAUUCCUACUUCAUGGACAUGAAGUGCCAAGGAUGCUAUAAAAUCACCAUGGUUUUCAGCCAUGCACAAAUGGCAAUUUUGUGUGUCAGCUGCUCCACUGUCCUUUGCCAGCCUACAAGAGGAAAAGCAAGGCUCACAGAAGGAUGUUCGUUCAGGAGGAAGCAGCACUAA